AAUGGAUGCAGAAACUCCCAAAAAACGAUCAAGAAAAAGUAACUGGGACCCCAGGGACGAGAUUACAUUAGUGGAGGAGGUACAGAAGAGGGAGAAGGUACUCUUCGGAAAAUUAGACGGGUCAGGGAGGACUUCUGUUGAUAAGACAAAGGCCUGGAAAGAGGUCACUGACCUAGUCAAUGCUGGAAGUACAUUUAGUUCCUCCAGAGAUGUGAAUGAAAUAAAGAAGAAAUACCAGAACAUCAAACAGAAAGCAAAAGAAAAGAGAAGUGCUAUUUUAAACCCUAAGACUGGGGGAGGGAAAAAACCAUCAUCCCCGAAUGUUAGUGAACAGUUGUUGUUGGACAACUUGGAAGGCAGACCAAGUCUAUGUGGCCUUCCUAGUGGAAUAGACACUGCAACUGAAUCAGUUGUGGAUUUCUUGGAUGACAACCAUGCCUUGCAUGAAUUUGAUUUGACUAGUGAGACCACUCAGCUUGAGCAUUUGUUACCACAAACACAGCCUCUGCCCUCCACAUCUACCACUUCAUCAACAGAGCUUCAUUUGAAAGUUACACCAGAAAUGCUUCUUCAAGAAGAACUAAUCAACAUCAAAGAAAGAAGAAAGCUUAUAAAAGAACAACAACAGCUUGUCCAUCUUCAGAAACAGCAUGUAAUGUUAAAAAUUAAACAGAAAGAUCCCUUUUUCAAUUUCGAACACCUUAUGAAUGAAAUGUAAAUUUUUUUGAAUACGUACUAACAAAUACACUGGUUUUUGCAUGUGCGA